AUGUCCUAUGACAUCCUAGAUAUUACCGAGCAGGUCACUACGACAGCGACAUCGUGCACCGGUAUCGCAACGGCUUGCCAAGCAACCUGCACCGAAGUUGGUGCCCAAUUCUUCGCUUGUGAAACCAUUUGUGGAAACUGCGCCACUCAGACGACCUCAGUUCAGACUGUCACCACCAUUCCCUGGCCAGGACCAGCAGAAGGAGGGCCUGUGGUCCCAACAGCCACCGCCAAUCCCGAAUGCCAGAUGGACCAGCCAGGCAUCCUGCCCUGGAACAUCUUCGACGGCUCCGAGUACAACGUCAUCAGCCAGUUCUGCUCCGAAGUCGACCGCCAGCCCGCGUCCUCUCGCUCUUGGAUCGUCGACACAAAGGGCAACCAGAUCCCCGUGCUCAAGAAACUCAAGUCCAACUUGAUCUCCAAAAGAUCACCACCCCGGACACUUACAAAGACUACCGCGUUUCCCUGCAAUGGCACCUUCCAGUUCGUCCUCUUCUUCAUCCUGUCCCAUGAGCUGCGCUGA